AUGGAGGCGUACGACUACUCUAUAUACCUCGAAGCUGGAGGUGAUGGACAGAUCAAGCCUCUCGAUGCCAACAAUUUUACACUAGCAAUAAUCCAAGAACUGAAGACUAGCCGAAUCCUCGAUCACUUCAGGUCCCCCGACGACCUUCGCGUUAUCCUCCUCUCCCAGCCCCGGGACAAGAACGAAGUCGGGGGGUUCUCUACCAAAGACGAAACAAUCCGAGCCGUUCAUGAGGAACACUGGCAAGAGAUUGACGAGCCGAAGGUCCUUCAAUAUUGGGCGAGUGGUCUCCGUCUAGACGGCAAGAACAGGGAGGCGCAGCUUGAUGGAAUCGCCGAAUUCUACAUAUUUCGCGUCCUCGACCACGACGCCAAGAAGCGAGAGCUGCUAGUUCAAUGGGUCGGAUAUGGCAAAGAUGAGGCCACUUGGAUGCCUCUCUGGAGGGCUCUCGAAUCUGCUAGGGCCAUCGUUAAGGAUUACCUCGAAGAGCAUAACCUCACGCAGGACCUCAGGACCAAGAAGUCGUACAAGGGGCCAAAAACCCAACUGAAGCGGGCUGGCAACGGGCCUAGAUCACCACAGAAGUCUCUAGACACGGCACAGAAGCCUAGUACUAAACGAUCACGGCCCUCAGCCAGGACGAGUCAAGCCCGACAGGACAUUGAGCAGCGAGUUGCGCUCGCCAAGUCGGUAGAGGAUGCUGCUCUUGCGUCAAUGGCUGCGAUGCGCAUGGCCACCGCGAUGGACCAAAAGUUGCAACGCACCCGUGAUGAGAUAUUCAGAACAUUGAGGGAAGAAGCAGCUGAGCAGGAGACGCGGAAUGAACACCGCUUUGAGCGACUUGAGCAGGAUGUUGCUCGGCUACAUAACAUGAUGUCCCAGCAGGUUCCCCUGAAAAGAUUGAAGAGAUAG